AUGCGUAGACCUCUGUGCUGCGAGUUCUUCCUCGGUCGAGAUCCGCUUCAACGAGCGUUUGUCGCUUCAGUCUGCUUCGGAACGAACACAGCCGGGCUCUCCCCGGGCGAUCGGGGCAGCCCUUGGGUCACUCAAUUACAUCACAGGUCAAACCACCGACGGCGAUCGGACGGUGUCUUUCCUGGAAGCCUCGACAGCUCGCAGCUCCUUCAUCAGAGACUUGCUGCUCUGUCCCGGUGUCCGAGGUCGGUCCUGCGUAUGGACACCUUUACGGCUGCGCACCGCAAGGUGUCCUUCACUCCUCAGAUAUCGCAGAUGCCUGUCGUGGAGACGCCUGCUUGCAUAGUCAAUGUGGUGAACUUGAGCAUCCAGCGACAUGUGAGCAUCUGGGAGCUCGGCCACUUGGAGCUUGUUGCACAUCUUGAAGCCACGCUAUCGGAGCUGGAAGUGUGCCAAAGUCAAAAUGUCAAGCUCACGCGCGACAUGGACCAGCUUACCGUGAAGAUGCUCGGCUGUGAGGAUGAGCUGCGAGAGCAAGCCAAACAGGGGGGGGGGCAGGAGCUGACUGCUCUUCUUGAGAAGGCUUACACGACAGGUGCGGCUCACGACUUCAAGUUGGAGUUGGCUCAGCACUCGAGCAGCUCCUGCUGGGCAUUGCAAAGAGCAUCCACACAGCACGGCGGCGCUUCAGCUCAACGGAGGUGCGGAGGUAGAAUUCUACACCACGCUACUGAACCUUGGCGGUCCGCUGGUGUGUUCAAAUUCGUGUCAGACAACCUGAAUGGACCCUGUCUGCGCACGGUUCGAGGAGCACGCGCCAGCUCAGCCUACUUCCGACUUGACUCGGUCCAUGAAAAUGUACAGCAAGCCGAGGAUGUGUCCCCGAAUCCUAAUUGCGCUCCCAAAGAACUUAUGAUGGCACAUAAUACACUCCAGGUCAAGUCGGUUGAGCAGCUGCAGGAUGAGCUGCUGAAGCGUGGGCUCGCCAAGUCACUUUACGUGCAUGUUAUGGUUCCCACGGCGCCCCACGCGGGCUUCUUGCCUGCUCUGUGCACGGCAUCUGACAACACCGAUGGCUCAGUUGAGCUUUUGCGGAAAAUGAUGGAGGUGGACGAGGCUUUGCAUGGAGCUGGUGGUGUGGCCAUGGGCCAUUGUGGCGACGCAGACAAGGGUACGCUGGCGGGCAAGGUGCUUUGGUGUCAUGGGGUUUGCAGCCUGCGUUGGGCUCCAUCUAACAAUGUUGAUUGCCUGCGGUAUAUUGGCGAUUUGCAGCAAGACGAGAACGGGCGGUUGAAGUGCCUGAUGCCUCACGCCCUUACACAUUCAGCCAAUGCGCUAUGGGAGACCAACAACAUCGUGCCGUCGGUAUACAUGCUGCCAGGGCGAGAUGACCCCUCUGGGGGACAGUACAUCAUGCAUGAGGAUGAUAAGGUAUCCCUGCGGGACUACUGCGAGACACACAAGUUCGUUUUGGACGAGAAGGGUGCUGGUUGGAGAGGGAACCGGGCUGUGCAGGCUCCGAUUCAGGCGUCCUUGGCACCGGGGGGGCUCAUGUCCACACCUAAACCAGGGCAGCCUCGCCAACGCAAGCUCGAGUUGCGUGUUGACUCUGCUGCCCGUGGAGAUGUUGCCGCGGCGCUGGGUCAGCAGACUAAGUCUGGUCGCAAAGUACAGCCUACCCUACCAGGAGGGCACUUGGUGAGGAUUGAAAC